AUGCUGGCUGUCCAACUUCUCGUGGAUCAUCUCACCGUUGAUCUGGCUGCGCGAAAACACAUGGUCCUCAAUUAUAUGAGGCUAAUUCUCGGGCUUUUGUGUCAUCCGAUUCACUAUUCCUGCCAUUCCGAGGCUCUUCAUACCGACAAGAUAGAGGAUAGCUCAGAAAAAGUAGAUCUGGUAAGGUGUGUGGCUCUGACUGAAGCUCGUCCCGUUGUCCGGCUUCUGGCGACCGGCGCCCAUGCAACGCUGCGCAUCACCGACGCACAGGCCUCAGGAAGCCAGGCCUGGAUUGGAAAGCAUCAUUUGUGGCAGCAGCUUCAGUUGAACAGGCAAGCAAUGACAUGA